AUGGCAGCAACUAUUCACCUACCAGCCGUCAAACUCCAGAAAAUCCAGGAACGAUUCCCGGAUGCCAUCAUAUCAAAGAUCACCUCAGCACCUGACCAUCCCCGGUUCAAUUACGACGGCUUCAAACCGGGCCGUCGAGUUCUAGAAGCAGGCCAUGUUCGCUAUCCGGGUCGCAGGCCAUUCGGUGUACCAACUGUAUAUGAGCGAGACCAAGCUAUUACGGUUCGCGAUGGCGCUCGUCUAUACGCAGACAUCUUCCGCCCCGAAACGUCUGAUACACAGCCUGUUCCAUGUAUCCUUCCGUGGAGCCCAUACGGUAAAACUGGUACGGGACCUCAGAACUACGACUUCAUGGCCCCUUAUCGAGCUGGAAUCGCGCUUGAUCGCACAUCAGGCUAUGAAAAGUUCGAGGCUCCCGAUCCUUCCGAGUGGGCUGAGCGUGGCUACGCUGUUUUGAACAUUGAUGCUCGUGGUGCUGGACAUAGUCAAGGAGUCAUUGCACGAUGGGGCAUUCAAGAAGCAGAGGACGUUUAUGACGUCAUUGAGUGGCUGUCUAAACAGCCUUGGUGCAAUGGCUCCGUCGUGAUGGCCGGGAAUUCCUGGUUGGCUAUAUCGCAGAUUAACUUUGUUUCCAGAAUGCACCAUCCUGCAUUGAAAGCGAUUGCACCCUGGGAAGGUUAUACAGAUCUGUAUCGCCACUAUGUUGCCAGGGGUGGACGUCCCCAUAUUCCUGGCUUCCACCGGAUGAUCUCAAACGGGCUUGCGGGGCCUGAAGGUGCUGAGAACGUUGUCGCCAUGCUUGAGAAACAUCCGCUGUACGACGACUACUGGGAGGCCAAGAGAAUUCCUGUUGAGAACAUCGACAAUAUUCCUAUGUAUGUUGUUGCUUCAUACUCAAGCAUGCUGCAUACAUAUGGCUCGUUCCAGACUUUUCGACAAGCCAAGACAGAAAAGAAGUGGCUUCGUGUCCAUCCGUAUCAAGAAUAUGAACUUCAGCAGUUUUUCGACUUCUAUUGCAAGCCUGAUAUUGUCAAAGGCACAAACUGGGAAUCCUCAACCCCUCGGGUCCGGCUUUCACUGCUUGGCUUUGAGGCAGACGGGAGUUCCGCCACGACUGUUAUCGAGAGGCCUGAGGAGAGUUACCUGCUUGCAAGACAAAGGCUACGAACUCUAUACCUUGACGGGGAAAAAGCAAAACUAGUAGAUUCAACACCAGAUCAGGAAUCCAUAAAGUCGUAUGAAGGAAAAACGACAUUUGAUGUCGCAACUGAGCUGGCUGGCUACCCAAAGGCAGUGUUAUACAUGUCAUGCCCCGACCAUGACGAUUUCGAUGUUGUAGUGCAGGUUCGCAAGAUCGAUAGCAACGGCCGGCAGCUCUCACAUCUCAACUACCCUUGUCCUGUUCCAAUUGACGAGGUACCCGAUGUAAACACAGCGAAAACUUUAGGUCCGCAGGGCUUCCUUCGAGCUUCGCAUAGCGUCUCUCUUAAGGGACAUGGCGGGCCCGUUGUUUCCCACGAUCUGUCGCGUGAGACAGACGUUUUGUACAGCCACCGUGUUCGACGGCCCAUCAACCCUGGUACAAUUGUCCGCCUAGAGAUCCCCAUAUGGCCGAUUGGGAUGGCGUUCGCCGCUGGAGAAGGCAUAGCGCUCAACGUUUCUGGGCAUGAUAUGUGCCUACCUGAGACUGACUUGUGUCGCUUGAGAGAACCAGAGGAUGAGAAUGUCGGGAGGCACCAUGUUCAUACAGGAGGUAAGUACGACAGCCAUUUGAUCAUUCCUGUUAUCAUGGGUUAG